AUGUUGAAUGCUUCAAUAUUUUGUCUAAGUCUCAUUGAGAAAAAGUUUUGUAUAAAUGAAGAAAAGUGUGUCGUGUUUGUGGUUUCUACAACUGGUGAUGGAGAACCCCCUGAUACUGUGAGAAAAUUCUUCAGAAGAAUUAAUAAAAAGACUCUUGCUGAUAGUUAUCUGUGCAACCUAAGAUUUGGAUUUCUAGCACUUGGAGACAGUAAUUAUACAAAUUUUUGUAACUGUGGUAAAAGUAUUGAAAAGAGAAUCCUUGAACUAGGAGCAAAGCCAUUUUACCCAACAGGAUAUGCAGAUGAUGCUGUUGGACUAGAACUAGUAGUUGAUCCUUGGAUUGAAGGAUUGUGGCCCUCUCUGCUUAAACAUCUUGGAAAAAGUACCCAGGCUGUUGAAAUUCAUUCAGUUUUUGUAAGAAGUCAAGAAAAAGGAGAGGACAGAGCUGUAGAAGACAACAAUAAACCAAAGAGUUUGGUUGAUUUGAACAGCAAAAGUGGAAAGGCAAGGGAAAUUGAUUCCAUCUCAAACAAUUUAGAAAUGGAAUCUGACAAUAUUAAAGAAAGUGGCACACCUAUGAGUGCAAAGAGAAUUUGGAGUCAGCCUAGUCAGGAUUUAAUUGGAAAAGGCUUGAAAGUUCCUCUUUCUCCUCAUCCAUUCCUUGAAUUGGACUUCCAGCCUGAAGCUUCUGUUGACAUACAAAACUUGCCACUGCACAACAAUGCAACUUUCCAAGCUGCAGUUUCAGAUGUAAAAAUGGUGAAUAUAGUGAGAGCUGAGCAACUCACUACAGAUGAUGCUGUGAAAACAGCUUUAGAGCUAGAGAUUGAUGUACAGGAAUUGAAUAUUACUUACGAGCCUGGCGAUACAUUUGGUAUUGUAUGCCCUAAUGAAGACAAAUCUGUAGAAGACUUAAUCUCAAGAAUAGGAAUUAAAGCUGAAGCUGAUAUUCCAAUCAGUUUGAAGAUCCUUGCAAACACAAAUAAACGAAAUGCUGCAGUGCCCGAGUACAUGCCAAACCCGUCAACACUGAGACAUUUGUUACAGACUUGCAUUGAUAUCAAGGCUGUUCCAAAACGGGCAUUGAUCAGAAUGCUUGUUGACUACACAGACGAUGCUGAUGAAAAGAGGAGGUUACAGGAACUUUGCAGUACUCAAGGUGCUAAUGAUUAUAUGACAUAUAUUCGCGAACCAUACACUGGUUUGAUGGACGUUUUGAAUGCCUUCCCUUCCUGCAAUCCGCCAAUCCAGAGAUUACUCGAACUUCUUCCAAGAUUGCAGCCAAGAGCCUAUUCAAUUACAAGCUCGCCACUUCAAAAUAAAAGGACAGUAAAAUUCGUUUUCAACGUGACCAUAAUCAAUGGUCUUGAUGGAGUUACAGUAGAUCGGACUGGAUUGUGUACAGGAUGGCUAGAAAAGCUAACAUCAAAAAUAAGGUGCACAAACUGUAAGAAAUGUGAUGGGUGUGGCACUGUAGAGUUCGAAGAUCUUGGCAAACAAGUUCAAAACCUCAGUAUUCGAAAUGACCUCAAGAUUCCUGUGUACUGGCGGCGAGGCACAAAUUUCAAGUUGCUAGAGGACGAAACUGUUCCAAUAAUAAUGAUCGGACCUGGAACUGGUGUUGCUCCUUUCAUCAGCUUCUUAUGUCACAGAGAAAUGCAAAAGAAAUUGGAGAGCUCAAAAGAAUUCGGACCAAUGGUUCUAUUUUAUGGAUGCCGUCAUAAAGAACGAGACUUUCUGUACAGGAAGAAGAUUGAAUCGCUGUUAGAGCAAAAAAUUCUGACCAAGCUGUUUACUUCUUUCUCACGUGAUGACCCAUGUGAUGCGGAUGCUCCACGCUAUGUUCAAGAUAACCUAAAAUUGCAGAAAGAUUUCAUACUGCCUUUGAUAUCAGAACAGAAAGCAAUUGUUUAUAUUUGUGGGGAUGCAAAGAAUAUGGCACGAAAUGUUCACGAAACGUUCACUGACUUGUUCAAAGAACACUUAAACAUCACUUCUGCAGAAGCAAUGUCAUAUAUCAAGAGACUUAGAGAGGAACAAAGAUACCUUGAAGAUAUCUGGACUUGACUGGAAGCUACAUAAAACCUCUUUGUUUCAUAGGAAAAAUGUAGAUGUGGAAAUAAAAUAUUAAAUGAAGCUAUUCCAUAAAAUUAGGCAUUGCGAUGUUAAAUAUAUGACGAGCUUAGAUAAAGUCCUACAAUUAUUUUGUCGUCUUUCCAAAAUGCGAUAUCUCCCUGUUGUCAUGUUUCGUUUCAUGAAAUAUUUAGAUUUUCUGUUUUAAUUAUACCUAAUCCCGUGCUCAUAGAAAGCAUGUUUAUGUCAAUUCUAUUGAUACUGCUACAACUUUGCCAAAUUGAAGACACAAGUGAAUAUUUAUGUGGAAAGUGAAAUUGCUGAGUAUGGAUUCUUUACGCACUAGUUAUGAGAUUUCAUUAUUUUGGGUUUAUCGUAAUCGUUUUAUUAACACAAAACGAGAUUUUAGAACUUUUUAGUUACAUUCGGUUUCUUUGAUGGUCA